UUUGUUCACCUUGUUUGUAUUUCUUCGCGCUGGUCUAUUCGGCUUCUGUACGAUUGUGCAUAUACCACUCUGCUUAUACAGCGCAAACUACAACUUGAUAUCAGCUUCACCUCCGAGUCUGAAGAGAAAUCGGCGACGGUAGGACAACAGAGAGAAAGAUGUCCUCAAGCCUACUACCUGUUCUCUCUCCCUCCGACAUCCAACAAGCCGCCAACUUAAUCCAACAACUAUACAUCCCCUCACCGACACAUCCGCUCUCCCCAGAUGACCAGCGGCGGCUCAAUAACGAGUUGUUCGAGCUGCAGAAGCGAUGGGAGGCGUGGGGCUUGGUCGUUCCAUUCUUGAUGGAGAGCGAGGACGGGAACGUGCAGUUCUUCGGGGCGCAUACGGCGCAGGUUAAGAUUGCUAGGGAUUGGGACUCGUUCCCGAAGGAUCGGACGUUGGAGUUGAAGGAGCUUUUGUUGGAUUUGACGGGGAAGUGUAUCGUGAGCGGGAGGAGUAAGGUUAUCUUGAGAAAACUAUUUGUCGCGAUAACCUCCCUCGCACUAAAACUCGUCCCCUCAUCCUCACCGUCCUCAUCAUCAGCAUGGCCAGACUGGGUCCUUUCCUCCGUAACCUCUCUUUCCGGUCGAGGUGCCCCGCCGGAACAUAUCCUCGAUUUUCUGGAGAUUGUCGCGCAGGAGAUGAGUGGGGCGGAGAUGUUGGUUGGACAUAGAGCGAAAAUCCAACAAACCCUGCAAGACGCCGUCCCGCUCGUCACACAAGCCAUUGGCUCGACACUCCAGCUCGCGAUCUCGGACUUUCAGACGCGACAAUCACAAUCAAGGGGCUUUGAGCAGGAUAUGGAUCUGGGCACGGGGACUAGAAAUGUGGGUGUGGAGAGGCAGUUCCAGGCUGCGAUGCGCUGUUUUGAGGCUUGGGUCGUUAUUUUGCCUGCUAGCGACCUAACCCCCCUCCUCCCACCCCUCUUCACACUCCUGCACCCGCCCUCCCCUCCCCACUUCAUCCCAAGCACCGAAGCGCUCCUCUCCGUCCUCUCUUCCUCCAUCUUUGCCGACGGGGCCGCGCCGCGUACGUUGACGGAACCGCUGCUGGUGUGGAUGGAGCGGUGGGGACCUAAGAUCGUCGAGCGGAUGCAGAGGAUGCUUGCUAGUGGGAGUGAAGGGCAGAGGGAAGGGGAGGCAGAAAGUGGGAUGGAGGAGGAUGAGGAGGAGGUGGGAGAGGUGGCGAGUGCGUUGUGUCGGUUGUUGGUGGGAUUGGGAGAUCAGAGUACUGAGUAUCUGGCUGAGAAUAUUGUGGAGAGACGGGUGGUCGAGCCUGCGUUCGAUCCGCUUGCUAUCUCCAUCUCUCCUUCCCUUUCCCUUCCCACCUUAACUCCUAACCUCCCUUCUACCUCGUCGUCGAAGUCGCCUCCACCUACGACGCCCCAAAAAUCCAAAGCCACCCUCGUGCAAACCUUCCUUCAUCUCCUCCUAUCUUUCACAGCUACACCGGGCUACUACGGCAUAGACGAAGAAGAAAGCGAGAGUACGCUCGGGUUCUGGUAUCUCUUCCAGGAGGCGCUCUGGAGCGUCGAGGUGCCGGUGCCGUCCUCCGAGGAAGAGUUGCUCAAACGCGAGUUUGGGAAGAGUUCGGGUGGAUUCGGGAGUGGGUACGGGUAUCAAGGUGAAGGUGGAGAGGGAAGAGGAGGAGGAACGGAGGAGGAAGAGAGGGAGAGGGAGAUGUUGGGCGUGAGUAGGGCUGUUUAUGCGAGACUUGUGGGUGUGUUGAGGGAGAAGGUGAGGUGGCCGAGGGGAGGGGCUGGGUGGGCAAAAGACCAGGUGGACAGGUUCCAAGUGUAUCGAAGGGAUGUGGGCGAUACGUUGAUCAAUGCGUACUAUAUCCUCCGGAAAGAUAUGGUCGCGUACUACGUGAACGAUAUAGUCGAGCGGCUGUCGAAACCGCCUGAGAUCGGAAUGUGGGAGGAAAUCGAAGCCUCCCUUCAUUGUCUCAUGUCCAUCGAGGAGGCCGUCCCGAAGGACGAGCGCGAGCCUUCGCUAGAACGUCUUUUUGGACCAGAGGUGCUGGGGAGGUUGCCGACGAGUGGACAUACGAGGUUGAGGAGGACUACGUUGGGACUUAUUGGCUCAUACGCACAAUGGUUCACCGUCCUCCCGCCGUCCUCACCUCUCCUGAUGACCGUAAUCUCCUACGUCGUCUCUGCUCUAUCUUCCCCACCACCACAACCUUCCUCACCCACCGCAUCCACAUCCGCAUCCACACCCAUCUCCUCACGAACCACCAUCACCAACCCAACCACAACCACGAAUCGAACCACCGCCCUCUCCCUCCUCUCACACCAAGCCUACAACCCGCUCUCCCUCCAAGCCGCCAACGCCCUCCGCGAUCUCUGCGACGCGAACCGCACCGCGCUCGCGCCGCACAUCGCCGCGUUCGGGGAACUGCAUGCGCAGCUGGCUGGAGGUGUAGGGACGGGGUUGCCGGAGACGGAGAGGGCGAAGGUGUUGCAGAGUAUUGCGAGUGUGGUGCAGGCGUUGCCGCCGGAGGAGGGGGUUGGAAGCGUCGAGGCGAUCGUGAGCCCGGUGGUGGCGAAGCUGUUCGAAGCCUUGAGAUCUUCGUCACAGCUUCCUGAAGAAUCCCGCCUCCUCGCCAUCUCUCAACUGCAGGCCCUCACCGGCGUCUCCAAGGGCCUCACACGGACCACGGACAUCAUCGCACUCGAAGACGACUCUGCCGUCGCGGCCGAGUCGCACAGGAUGCAGUCGGCCAGGGACGAUCCGAGAAUGGUCAAGGUCAGGGAGGGAAUGGUAGAGGCGAUCAGGGCCGUGGUCGAUCUUUGGUGCGAGGAUGCCGCGAUGAGCGAUGCGAUAAGCGACCUCUUCAAAUCAAUAACCGCCCUCCCCUCCGACGCGACCCUGAUCUCCCUCCCACCAGCCCCCCUCCUCGAACUCGUCUGCAGAGCUGCCCAACGCCACCUCACAGCCGUGUGGCUUUCCCUGGCAAACAUGCUCAUCGUCCAGCUCGACGCGCCGCCGCCGUUCUCGAUCAGCUCGCGGGCGCAGGCGCUGAAGGUGCAGCCGAGUGCGGAGGUGCUGGGGAUGGUGAGGGAUGUGGUGAGGUUGUUGGUUGAGGUUACGGUGGGGAUGUUUGGGUUGGGACAGAUUGGGGGGAUGGAAGAUAAUCCAGAUAUCGUGCAGGCCUUCUUUGGGUGUAUGGAGAAGGCCGCACAUCACUUCGUAGCGGCGUUCUACCAGCUACCAGGAGAAGUGUUCGAUGCACUCGUCCGAUGCGCCAUCACAUCCCUCGCGCUACAAGAACGAUACUCGCUGGUCGCCGCUUCUGGCUUCCUCACCACACUCAUCAACCGCACCCACGCCUCCGACACUCUCGGCGAUGCCCGCUCCAUCCUCGUCCAAACACACGGCCCAUCCAUCAUGCGCGCCAUUCUUGCCGGUUUCGCGGGCGUGGCGCCUAGGAGUGCGACGCAGAACUUGAUUGAGCUAUUGGGGACGUUGGUCACGAAGUAUCCGGCGGAGAGUAGGGUAUGGAUGGGCGAGGUGCUUUUUGCGAAUGACUUUGUGCAGUCCAGAGCGGGGCCGGACGCGAAGGAGAAGUUUGUCAAGGCUGUAUUUAGUUCUCGAUCUGUGAAGCGCACGAGAGAAGCAGCACAGCAGUUCUCGCUGGUGGCGAGGGGAUUGGAGGGGUCGAGUUUUGGGUAUGCGACUGUGACGAUGUGAUUUUCUGCAUGACGUACCAGUGACUGUCCUUUCCCUUGCGACUUUGGCAUAAGUCUCGCGAGGGGAGGGUGUCAGUCGUGAGAAUAUAUUAGAGAAUUCGAA